CAUGGACUGCCGCGAGGCUGUUUGCUUCGCCGCUUGUGCCUCUAUGGUUUUACUUUCUACCAUGCAUAGCCCUUGGAGUGGAAACUUCGUCCACGCGGGCUAGUUGUUCCGUUCCUUCUGGAACCUAGCAAUAUAGUGUAUGCUAGGCGGUUGCCGCCCGCGAUGCCCUCGCUGUAAACGCUUCAGUCGCACGUUGGCAACCUCUCUUCGCCCUUCUCCACCCAUAUCGCCGUGCGUGCUUGCUGUGCUGUCCUACUCCACCUCGCUUUCUGUCAUCCAUAACACAAGCUGCACUGCUGCUCCCCGCUAUCACCCCCAGCAGACAUGGCGCCCGGCAAGACGGCGCCGCGGUUGCUCCAGGAUCUCUUCACGUACGACCCACGACACGAAGAACGCGCCGGUCGGAACUUGUUGACCAGCCCCCCGCCGCAACACGACAGCAAAGCCCCGCCAGUCCCCGCCGUGCCCUUUAGAAACUGCCGUCACAACCUGUUUACCAAGUCCGAGCAGUCGCUGUUACCCGUGCCAGGCGAAGAUCCAACCUCGAGUACCGUAUACAAGGUCGCUUCUUACUGCAUCAAGUGUCGCUGGCAUGUCGAUAUACUCGUCGACCAUCGCAUCGAUGCUGCCAAAGUCAAGUCGUGUGGCAAGGGAAACGAGGACUAUGCCCUGCACCACUUUCUCUACCAAGGAGAGGAUGACGCAAACAGCACGGCCAGGUUCGAGGCUCAGCUACGGCCGCGUACCUAUAUCUUUCGCUGUUCUGCCCCACAAUGUUCGGUCCAGGUACGGAUCAGCAUCAAACCGCCGUGCUUCUCGGAGCACGACAUUGAGACCUUGACGAACCAGGCUCAACUUAGAAGGCGAUGGGAAGCAGCGAAACAGAUCGCCGGCGACCGAGCAGAUACAAGCAUGGCACGGAGGGUCGAUGCUCCUGAUUAUCUGAACACAUACCUGCAGGACUCGUUAAAACCAGCAAAGGGCAAGGCGCGCAUCCCGCUGUUAAACAAGAAGUUUCUCAAGACUUUUGGUAAAGAUUGUGACUCGAUACUGAGACGUCUGGGCUUCGAGAAACACCAGGAAGAAGAGGAGGACACUUUUGUAGAAGCCUGGUAUCUUCCUAAGCCUGAGGAACCCGCAUCUCCUCUCGAAUCGACGCUGCGCUCCAAGAUCGAGGACGCUCGCUAUGAAUUGAAUACCAUAAUAUUGGACAUGCCAGAGAGUGAACGCGUGGGUUGUAGACAUCAACCAAUGUAUCCUACGCCGUCACGUGGCGACAUGGAAAGGGCAUUAGCAUGUGCGGAUUAUGCCAAGGCGAAAGAACGGGAGACACGCAGUACAAACCACGAAGAAGAUCACCCCUACUACGCUAGUCUGGGUGCCGUUGGAGACUUUGACGACUCCUUGAUCCUUUUCGCCUUCUCUCGACAAGGCGCCGUUGACAUCGAGAACAAGGCGUACUACUUUGAAUGCUUGCAGGAUCUCGCGACCGGUCGCCAAAGUGACAUGCUCGGGAUGCAAGUAGCUAUGUUGGCUUCACAGGGUCUCACAAGCAAACGGGAGGCCGAGCGCGCAUAUCAAUACUUUGGUAUCGACCCAACACACGCAAGCGUAAUAGGCGACGAUCACAUCAUUGGAUGUUUCCGUUCCCGCCUAGCCGAUGUCAGCGUUAUCCAAGCCGAGGAGGCGCGAAAGCAACUACGAGUUCUGGGAGACGUGCGUGAGAGCGAUAAAAUACGAGCAGAAGCUUCGGGCUCUAUCGAGACGUACGAACAAGCGAUGGCUUUCUUCGACCUUGAUCCUAGCGUAGCUGACGAUUUCGUUCCAACCAUGUAUUCGCUUAAGACUCAAGACAACCCUUCAAGCAUAGAAACUGCCAGAAAGGCUGUGGAAAUUAUAGCAGAGACGCGCAACAGCGAACGACUACGCCAUUUUGCCAAAUUCGGGACGAUGAGCGAUCCUGAAAUGGACAUAGGUGACGCAUACGCCCUCUUCGACCAAACAGACAGAACGGUCCCGCUUGAUCCUGCAGUUCUAGAAUCUGUUCUUAGCACAUACGAAAUCGGCACAAGUGAAAGAUUAAGAAUGGAGAAAGCGCACGCUCUCAUCCAGUACGACCAGUCUCAAAGAUUUGGCGACAACCAUGUCAACCCGAAACGCUCAGAAUUCAGACGAAAUCUGUACCCUCUCGAGAAAUGGCCGGUCGGGCUUCGCAACAUCGGCAAUACCUGCUACCUGAACAGCGUACUCCAAUUCUUGUUCACUAUCAAGCCUCUAAGAGAUCUUAUUCUCGAUAUUGAAAAGCAUAUGCAAGACCCCUCCCCAGAAGCAUUGAAUAACAAGAAAGUUGGGCGCAUGCUCGUCACAGCCGAAAGGGUUCUGACGGCACAGAAAUUCGUUCGUGAGUUACGGGCUCUCUUCGAGCAAAUGACGACCGCUCCAACUGAGACGGUACAGCCUGCGAUAGAUCUUGCUUCUCUCGCACUCUGCAAAUCGGAUAACCCUGUAGAACCGGCACAGUCACCGUCAAUGGACACUACCGAUCGCACUGGUUUAGGUACCAUCGACGGAGCAGUGGUCAGCGGACCCAUGUUACCACCUGCGGCAAUGCAGUCAAUCCCCGCAGAAGCUCCGGCAGGUUCAGUCGUGAAUAGCGAUGAGGCAAAGCCUGCGGACUCCGUCAUGGAUGAUACCGAUGCAGCCCCGAUUACACCUGCUGAUUUGGUCAUGGCCGAUGAUGGUUCAGCAAGCAAGAGCGAGAGCGACAUACCCGCUCCACCGACUCGACCUCCCCCAAUUCCGCCACGAGCAGACCCUAAGCCGGCCAUGAAGCCUGCUGUUCAAUCAAGUACAAAGAUUGGUAGAAUUGAGGAGAGCGCUCGGCAGCAGGACGCCGCAGAAGUCAUGGCCAACAUAUUUGACCUCAUCUCCUGCGCCAUAACGGGCGAUAGUAUUUUACGAGAAGGUGAGCAAGGAGACGCCAUCAAGAAGCUAUUCUUUGGUGAUGUCACCACAGUUAUGGAGAAACCAGAUGGUGUACAGAAAGUCCAGGAGCUCCGAGAUCAUUUCCUCGUGGCUACUGGACAACGAGAUCGCUCACUCUAUGCUACCCUUGACGAAGAUUUCGGGCUAGGUGAGAUAGAAGGUGGCAGUGGCACAAGAUACGAUUAUGUCGAACAGGCCGCGCCCAUUCAGAUCAUCAACGUGAAACGAUUGCAAUUCAACAAGGGCCAGCCUGUAUACGAUCACUCGCAUAUCGGUCUAGAGAAGACCAUGUAUCUAGAUCGUUACUUGGCGAGAACACCAACACUAGAUGAAGCACAAUUGCUAGAACUUCGCAAAGCGCAAUGGGCAAAACAGAAAGAGCUGCGCGAGCUAGACGCAAAACGAACAAAGCUACAGACAACAGGCAUGGAAGGCAUGAACCUACCUGACUGUCUGAAGGCAGCGGGCGAUUUCGUCGAAAGUCUCGCCACAGAGAAGGCAGAGCAUGAGCCAGUAUCAUCGAGGCAAGACUUUUUGCCUACUCCACCUCCCGAACUCUGUGACGCCCUUCAAACUCGGGCCACCAACCUCGCCGCCGAUCUGUCGGGCAUCGAUGGCCAGAUGACAACUCUGGAGUCGGAAAUCAACACCGUCUUCAAAGAUUGCACUUCUGUUCCCUACCGUCUCCAUGCUGUCUUCACCCACCGCGGCGAUGUUAAAGGUGGCCAUUACUGGAUCUACAUCUACGACUUCCAGAACAACGACUGGAGAGUCUACAACGACGAACAAGUAGAUCCUGUUGUAGAGGAGGGUAUAGUGCUCGACAAGGAGGAAGGAUCCCGACCGAAGGUCAGCACAGGUGUGGUGUACGUGAGAGCUGAUCUCGUGGACGAGUACACUGAGGCUGUAUGUCGCCGACCUGAAAAACCCGAGGAGGAUGUACCGGCGGAUGUCGAGAUGAAGGAUGCUGUGUUUGCCGACGAUGCCAUGCCGGCGCUUGAACCGGCAGAUCUGAAGGAUGUACCUGUCAUUGAGGGCGUGGAGAAGGAGUAAGCUCUUUUCUUUUGAGCCCCUGCUCCUUUUCCCCCCUUCUCUCUACUCCUGUUUGCUGAUCUUGACUGUUCUAUUAGCAUGGAUCUGGUACUCCAGGAUGAGCCUUUGACUACUCCUCAGGAGAAGAGAGUAGGCGCACGUCUGGAAUCUCCACCUAAGAGAGGCAAAAGCGAAGUUGGGAUCAAUGAUAGAUCCAGUGGGAUUGAUUGACUAGAGGUGAACAUCGGUACUGUGCAAACCGGGCUACGCUGAGCGUAUGCAACUGUGUUGAAGGGCAUGACUAACGAAUUGUGCUUGCAUUGGCACUAGCAUUGGUAAUGGCUCACAAAUAGAAUUAGGAUAAUGCAUAGUGACGGGCACUGUUUUUGUGACCCGGUGAAGGCU